CGGUUUCACUCUCCCUCCCCCCGUCUCUCUCUCUCUCUCUUCCUUCGAGCUCAGAUCGCCGGCGAAGCGCCGCUGCCCCAGCCUCGUCGCCUCCGCCAUCUCCUGCUUCAUCCCCCGCCGCGACAUUAGCCUCCGCCCGCCACCAAUUCCUUCGAAGCAGAGGAGGAUGAGUGCGGUGGCGCUUCGAGUUCCGCGAGGUUUUCCCCCUUCGCCGCCAGCGAUUCGGCGUCCUUGUUGCCGAUUUUCAAUUUUCCGGUCAUCUUCUACGCAGAUCUAGGGUUGAGCUUGAAGUGGAGGCACGGCGGUGGCACAAUUCAGAGUUUCCCAGCAUGGGAGGGUCUUUUCUGGGAGAAGGCUUCUGGUUUUGAGGAGUCCAUGAAGUACAAGAAGUUAACUAAUGCACAAAGAUCUGGUCUCAACCAAAUUCCUAACAGAAGAUUUACACUUUGGUGGUCGCCGACUAUAAACAGAGCAAACGUGUAUGUUGGUUUCCAAGUCCAGCUGGAUCUCACUGGGAUCUUUAUGCAUGGGAAGAUACCAACUCUGAAGAUAUCUCUGAUCCAGAUACAUGAGAGUGUAGUGAUGGAUCUCUGUCAAGUUUUGGAUCAGGAGCUGGAUGCGUUGGAAAUUGAGACUGUUCAGAAAGAAACAAUUCACCCUCGAAAGAGUUACAAAAUGAACAGCUCAUGCUCUGAUAUCCUGUUGUUUGCUGCCCAUAGAUGGCCCAUGUCAAAACCAAGUCUUGUGGCAGAGUCGAAGGAUGUUUUUGACCAGAAGGCCAGCAAUAAAUACUGGAUUGAUGUGCAGCUUCGCUGGGGUUAUUAUGAUUCCCACGAUAUUGAGCGGUACACGAGAGCGAAGUUCAUGGAUUACACGACUGACAACAUGUCAAUCUCUUUUUUUACAACUUGUAUUGUAUGUCUCCGUUUGAACCAAUCUCUAGUUUUGUGAUACAAAUUGAUAGUUUGUGAUGUAUCUGCCAAGUUCAGACUCUUCCAUCCUGCAGAAUGAGUAUUGAGUAAGAUAGGAAUCUUGAAUAUGAAUCUUUCUUGUAUAUUUGUAAUGUUCCAUAGUCUACUAUGAAAGACGAACUUAAACGAUGAUCAUAUGGAUGCUUCUCAGCUUUUAUCCCUUUUUAUGAGCAGAUGAUAAAUGCUUCGUUUCGUUCUCAAUUGAAAGAAAAAUAGUUUUGAGGAAGACAUCAAUGGAAACUUUAAAUGUCAUCUUUCAUCAUCGGUUAAACAAUUAGUUAUCCAAUCUUAUCAUGC